AUGAUGUCGUCCAUAUCGAGACAGAGAGGCCAGCUUCGCUCGGCCUCAGACGCAUAUGGGACAUCCUCGGGGAUCUACGUGACAUAUUUGAUGAUCGCGAUGAAGACUCUACUUUCAGAUAUGUUCUUGCUGCUAGCGAUGGAUAAGAGCGAAGGCAGCAUCACUCGAAGAAGCAUCCCUGGAGAGUCCAUGCUUCCACCUCGAAUGAUUGCGACAGGCAUCAAGGACCAAUGCUACAAUGUUGGCUCAAUUCACGGCAUGGUCAAUGCGAGGCAAACUUCCCCCAAGCAAGCCAUCCCAGAAAAGCUUGUGGACCCAGAAUUCAAGUCGAACGACCGCGUCAGUUUUCGCAGAUAA